AUGUCUGACUGCGAUAUUUCUAGCGGCUUUCUGCACAUCAAUGAUCAAAGCAGUUUUAUGCUUCAAAGAUGCGAGGUAAGUGUCAAAUACACAAAAAUUGUAGGCUAACGUUUAAUGGUUUAUACAAAUAUUCAUUUUUAUAUUUUUUGUCAGUCUAUACAAUUUAUCACAAUGGAAUCUUUGUUAAAUAUAUACAAAUAAGAAACUAGCCUAUUUAUCAUGUCAUGCGGAUUAACCGGACAUUUGUAGAAACGAUUGACAAAUGCAAUAGUAAUCAGCAUCAUUGUGUUGAGUGACCACACUAAACUUAAUCUGGGAGGGAGUAGCAGCGGUGUGUGAUAUUCUGACUAACAGUGUAGCAUUCUGUACCUUUGCUGCAGAGCUGUGGUGAUGAAGAUGAUGACGAGAGACUAAAAAGAAGGGUAAAUAACAGGGUGGCAGCGCAGAAGAGCCGAAAAAGACAGACACAGAGAGCAGAUGAGCUGCAUAAGGUGGGUCUGUACGUGCAAAACAGACUCCUUAUGGUCUCACAACUAUCUUGGCAUAGUCUAACCUUUUCUCUUAUAUGACAGAAAUAACGCAGCUAUCAAUGUCACACUUAUUCUCUGAGUCAAGUAGAUUCAUAUUUUAUUCUACUCGGAAAGUAAGAUUAUAAAGUAACAGCCCAGUUUGUCCCAUACAGGCAUAUGAGUGUCUGGAGCAGAAGAACAGGCGGCUGAAGAAGGAGGUGCAGUUUCUGUAUGAGGAGCAAAGGCGUCUGACUGAGGCCCUCAAGGCCCACGAGCAUCUCUGUCCCAUCAUGCACUGUGUUCCCAACCUGGGGUCAGGGCCCAGGGAUGUAGGGGUCCUCUCCAGCCUUCCCAGAUAGCCACCAUAUCACGCCAGGACCACAGAGACAAACCAACAUGGGAGACAUGUAAACAGAGUUAACAGGUCAGAUUAUUUAUGUCCUCCUCUGUCCUUUGUACUCCCUGUGUCAAUUAUUUUGUAUAGCUUGAAUCAAGUUGUAAUCAAAUGAUUAUAGGCUGAAGUAAUUAACUUUGUUUCAGAUGUUCAAAUUGCUUGUCCUGUUUUAAAUGUUUUGUAUAAUAAAUUGCAAAUACAUUGCAUAUCCCUCUCCCAUUAGACAAUCUCCCUUUGAGUCUGAUAAAUGUGGUUACCACACCUUUAAUCACUUGUGUUCUUGAACUGGUUUACCAGUAUCUGGGUUUCCUGUUUUGGGUUUCCUUAUUCCCUAUUCUAAAACAUGUAAUACACUGGCUAUUACCAAUGCAUUUAUGAAUUUCAACACUUAAUUGAAAAAUUAGAUAAUCAA